CCUCAAUAUAAACACCACCGGGAGUUUCCGAAAAAUCAAAUUCAGACGUCAAGACUGAACAAUGGUUAACAUGAGCUAUCGCCAAUUUUUACUAAACUAUCCACAUUCGAGUUCAAGACAGUCGAGAAGGCGAGCGAAUAAAAGAAAAAGGAAUUGUUGGGACAAGCUAUCUCCAACAAAUUGGCAGACUUGAUUAACAGAGACUUUCUAAAGGUCCAGUGUGAACCGUGUGGCCGAGUAUCUGUGCGUUGCGACUGAUUGGCGAGAUGACUGCCGAGUGGCUACACCUGCCCCCGCCGUACCCCCCUGGUGUGGGGCCGUUGUGUGGUGCAGAGUUGGAGGCGUGGUAUGAGGACCUGCAGGAUAUUCUGGGCUCCGAUACGGGAGGGGCAAAACUGGCACGUGCCCCCACAUGCACCGAGAAGGAGCCGGAGAUUCUGGAUGUUCUGGAGAGUUGUUCUCUGACAUGGCUGACGGAUGGAAGCCAGACCUGGAGCGAAGGUGUCCAGAGGGCAACAGAGGAGAUCCACAACACCCAGCCUCUGCAUCACACUUCAUCGUCAUCCUCCUCCUCUUCCUCCUCCUGCAUGAGUCCAGCUGUUGCAGAAGAGCGGCGGGCAGAGGCUGAGAGUGGGAGAAGUGGAGAUAGUUCGACAGGAGGUGGAAGUGACCUGCUGCCUCCAGAGUUCUUUGAGUUGCUGAGUGAAGGAGGAGUGGGAAUGGUGGAUGCGAGCGGAGCGGUGAUCAGCGGUGGCUAUUAUUACCACCACCACCAUCAACACCACCAAGUUAAUAAUGUCCAUCCUGCAUCUCCCUCAGCCAGUGAGGAGGAACUGCCCUGUGUCCCCGAUUCCCCAUCCUGCUCCUCCUCAGCCUCCCAGUCGCCAUCUCAAAAUUGUUCUUCUCCUUCCUCACCUGUCUCUUCUCCUUCAGUCUACCCAUCCUCCCGCCUGGGAAAACGCAAGAGGACCACCAGCGAGAGGGCCAAUGGUGCCUUGUCCUCUUUCGCCUCCUCCACACAGCGCACAUCCUCAUCUUACUCGUCUGCCAAAAAGAGUCGCAAGGAAAGAGAACAGGAGAACGAGAGGAAGGUACAGGAGCUGACAGAGCAGAAUGAGCGUUUGAAAGCAGAGAUUGAAAGGCUGGGAGAGGAGGUACAGAGGACACGUAGAGCCCUAAUAGAGAGACUAGUCAACACCAGGAAAUGAGGAUAAAAAAGACAGGAUGGAAGACAGGAAUAAAAGAUGAU